CCCGCCCUCGCCGCCUGUCACUAGUGCCGCGUUAUCCUCUGCCAAAUUAACUUUGUUUGCGUAUUGUUACUCGGACAGCACUCGACACCAAUAACGCCGACCCAAACAUAUGUCCGUCCGCUCGUUAUCGUCGGAUCGCGUACCUACGCGUCACGAGUGACUAACCGAGGAGAAAUUUCAUCCGCCAUAACCUACACACGAUUGUUUUUCAUAAAGCCGGCCGGACUCAUAAAACAAUACACAAUAUUUUCCGGAACGGGGGCUCAUGACAAACGAAUCGCGUUUGUGCGACUACGUCAGUAACUGGAAUAGAUUCAGAUAUUGCGGGGCGUGAAAUUAAAGGAUAAACAAAUGAAGUCCGCAGCGGGCGCCACGAUAAUGAAACAGCAGUCGGCACCAGGAGGUGUCGCGCUGCAGACACGGGCGGCGUGACCCGGGACACGGCCGGGCCGGCGCAGCGGAACUGGGCCAUAUCGAUAAGCGUGGCCUACUUCGUGGCGCGAGCGGUGCAUUGCGGGCGGGCGCGCGGCCAGCGGAUGUCGAGCAAGUCGUGCACGUCGGGCAGCGUGCGCUCGGGCGCGGGCAGCGUGCGCCUGGGCCAGGGCAGCGUGCGCCUGGGCCCGGGCAGCGUGCGCCUGGGGCCGGGCGCGGCGCACGAGGUCGUGCUGGACGCGCUGUACGAGCGCAAACGCGACAAGAAGACCGUGCGCGUCCUCACCGUCAUAGUUUACGUGUUCUGCGUGUCGCUGGCGGCCAUCAUGCUCUCGCUCUACUACGUGUUCUUCUGGGAGCCCAAGGACGCGCACUACGCGCAACGCAAGGUGUCAAACACAGUCACGCCGCAAACCAGCACCACACCAAUGCCCACAUGCUUUUUGCCUCACACCGGAGGAAGCGAUACCCCAGUGAAUGACACAGCCACGCCACCGACCCUAGAUAACAUCGUCAACUUUACGAGCAGCAACGACACCGCGCUACCAACACUCGACUAUCUCGACGACUCGACGUCGGUGGCGCCUCAAGACACCACCGUCGACGGCGAAGUCGACGUUACGACUGUCACAUGACAGAGAGAACCCAGCAAGAAUGUUCGCAAUCAAACUAUUUGUGUAUAGUUACAUUAGUCGUCUAAGCCUGUGAUAGCCUUCGACAUUUUACAAAAGCUGAAAGCCGGAGACUUCGCGCACUGUGCCGCUACGACCAAUCCUUUGGCCGUGGUCACAAAAGGUACAGUUUCCCUACGACCACGACCACGACCGGUUCCGUGUCCAUUUUAGCUGUCACAAACAGACAACGGAACAGUGCCUAAUGGCAGUUUUUGAAGGAAUUGAAACAGUUGUGCAGUAGUGUAACUAGAUGGCGCUGUUUCAAUUCCUUAGAAAUUCGCGUUUACGUUUACGCGAUCGUGACAGUAUAAAAACAUUGAAAACUCCCACUAGACACUCAUGUGUACGCAGUGGUGAAUGUCCUGCUUGUCGUUGCGUAUGUUUUCAGACAUAUGUUGUCUGUCCAAACCAUUGAAAAUUUAAUAUUUAACGGUAGGUAGGUAUGUUAUCGAAGACGAUGCUAAGUAGACAUUGGGGACAUAAUUUCUCAUAUUAUCCAGAAAAAAAUAUAACUUACUCCUAAAACUAGUCACCCACCUGUGUGGCUAGCAAACUUUCAGCUUCUAUUAAAUGAAGAAGGUCUAGUUAUUACAGUCCCGCUCUAGUCACUGGUUGAGCGCAUACUGCCGACUGAUUUAUCGCGGCCUUAUAUUGUGAUCCAAAGUAACGUUCGCCGUCUUUAAUGUUCUGUGAGAACAUAAUAAUAACUCUAUCAAAACAAUGUACCUACUUACUUACAUGUUACUUUUACAUACAAAACAUAUAACAGAUACUUUACAAUGGGGAGCCGAAGAGGGGAUUUUGGGAUUUACCUACUCGAGCGUGUCAGUAAAGCCUAAUCUUUCAUGCUGUUGAGUACCUCCACCAAGUACUUACUUACCUACGAGCUCUCAAUAUAGAGCACCUUGAAAAAUAACUUCAUAAAUACCAGUAUGUCAGUUAAGAGAAUGGUGGAUUAGUUAAUAGUUAAAAAGUGCAUUUCGAAGAUCGCUGAUGAACCUAAGGGAACAGAAGGCUUCCAAAGUUUCCAAAUAGAACCCCCGUCUUUUGUUCUCGAGCUAAUGAACGCGGAUAGUUUUUUUAGUUAUUUUAAAGGGGGUAAUCCUAAAACAAGAAAAACACACUGACAAAGGCAAGCUGAAAUAAUAUUUAAAUGAAAAAUGUCUUUAAAUUAUGUAGUUUUGUUCUCUAACGGUAGAAUCGUAAAAUUUACCUACCUACGAGUAUAUAACCAUUUAAUUUUUCCUAUAAUUUAAUCUACAACCCCGACGCUCGAGUAAGUACAUGUUUAGCAUCCUGGGCUCCCGUACCAUAAUGUGUAUGUAAUAAAAUAUAUCAAUACAGGGUCAUCAACCAUCAGUCAGCGUUCAAGGGACUACUCAAAACACCAAUAUAUUUAACUAAGUUGUACCUAAUUAAGUAAAUAUCGUAGCUAUGUAAAAUCUAGAUGUAUUUUGCGCCUAAUCAGUUGAAUACACGUAUUGAGAUAAAUUAAUUGUUAAAAACUCUGAACUAUAGUUUUCGUAAUGUUGUGUGGAAAAAGAUAUUUAUUUUAAGAGAUUUUAGGACGUACGUAAAACUUAAUGGACAGAGUGUCUGGCAAAGUCAGACAAAGGUAGGUACAUCAUUUUCAGAUGGCUGAUUCAAAAAAUCCUAAAUUCAUUUACGUGUAUCACAAACAAGCUUAAUUUACAAACACUUUUGAAACGUCAAGUUUGACUAUUUAUAACGACUCUACCACCGGCUCGGAAGGCAGGUUCUGCCGGCAAGAAACUUAAGCGUUUUGAAAAAGAAAUCAUACAAUGAUACAAUAAUUUACAAUUGUUAACAUCAUUAAAAAUUCUUUUAGUUUUACUUCCUGUGUGAUAGUUUGUCAGCCUAGGUUUACCAUAAACUUCAUAAUUGGCUAAUGGUAAACUUAGUUUGGACUGUGAUGACUUAGGAAGAUAGUAUGUUCCAAGGCUCCAAAAUUUCCAAACGUCCAAAUAUAAAGCGUAGUUUUUAAUAUUUUCCUUGGCUUUAUAUUACAAAUCAUAUGCUCACUUAAAUUCGCGGCAACCUUUCGAAAAAACUUUCGUUAUUUAUUUUUUCUAAAGAGAACUUUAAAGUUCUCUAGCGAAAGGUUGCCACUCGUAAGAAGUUGAUAUUCUGUAGAUAUUCAACUAGAAAGCGCUGUGUUGGUCGACCCCUCACCAGGUGACUGAACUCUCCCUCCCUACAAAAGUCCCUAUAAAAGUCCCUACAAAAGGCCUAUGUCCUGCAGUGGACGUCCAUCGGCUGAUAUGAUGAUUCUGUUGAAAAUGUCUAAAAAUUACGUUUAUGCUUGAGCAAUUGGGAUCUGGAACUACUUUCCAAAGCUACCCCGGUACAACUUAAUGAACUGUCGCACUUACCUAAAGUAGGAGGAUGGCUUAACAAAUCAGCCCUCCUUAAAUGAGGUAGGUAUGUCUGGCUAUGGCAGACUCUUAGUGUAUAAAUAGAACCUAUUAUAAUAUAUAAUAGUCUAAGGUCCGGCAUUAGAAAUGUAUACCUUCAUCUGUUAUUUAUUAGUGAUAAGACAUACUUAAAUGAUAGAUAAUGUUUACAGUGACACAUUGCAAAAAGGUUGCCUAGUUCAAUUGCGACCAAACAAACUUUUCAUACAAAAUCUAGGAAACCAUGAACUAGAUCAAUGGCAACCUAAUGUAAUAAGUUUUCAUUUGACAUAUUAGACGACUAAACAGAUGUUGAAUAUAUUUAGAUAACUUACUCAAGAUGUAUGGAAAUGACAUUUGCUAUCGACAGGUCACGUGAUCUGCCAUUCCCAUACACCUUUCUAGUUUUCGAAGCGUUAGCGAUCGUAUAAAGAGAAUCGACGUCCCGCUUGGCUGGGGGGCAGUUUAUAUCUGAAAACUUCACAGUUACAGUGUGAAAGCAAAUACGAUUUAUAUUAAUUAAACAAUGAGGGAAGGACGUAGAUAAAAAAAAAUAAUAAUAAUUUAAUACUAUCCGGCCGCAAUUCAACUAGGCAACCUAUUUGCAAUGUAUCAAUGUGAAUAUUUUCUAUAAAUUUUUUUCUUGUACCAAAUAAAUAACAGAUGAUGGUAUAUAUUGCUUACGCCGGAUCUUGUACUAUAUACGAGUAUGUAUUAUGUAAGUACCUUAAUAUACAACGUGUCCCAAAAUUCAACGAUAAGCGGGCGCCAAAAGAUUGACCUGCUCAUGAGCACUUAAGGAAAAAUAAUAAAAAAAAUAUACCUAAAUUUUUUUUUUAGUUACAAAAUAAAUUUUAAAAUUCUUUGAAAAUUUACACCUUGUAUGAUAUUUUGAACUACCGCAGCUACAAUUUCUUAAAUAUGCUUAAGAUUUUUUUUGUAUCGGAACCUAAGUAGUACUACUAUUCACCACAACUCUUAAAAACACCACAAUGCCCGCAGUUUUUACACAAAAGAAAAUCAAAAUAUUUUUUUUCCCUCAAAUUUUUAAAGAUUUUUACUUUCAGUCUACUUUGACUCAUGGUCUUGCAAAAAAAAGUAUGAACACCGCUAUGGCAAGUUAUUUUCAAAGUUGACGCAACUAAUCAAGAUUUCAAAAUAGUAUAAUACCCUAGGAUAACUAGUCACAAAAAAAAUAUGCGUACCAUUUGUAAACAAGAACCAAAUUUCUUAAUUGUUCUUGUUGUUAGUAAUAAAUUUUACUAUGUUCCAAAAAUGUGUUUGUUAUUUUAAUUACACAACAUUAAAGUAAAUGUUCGAAUUGUUUUCCACCGGCAUUAAUACAGGCACGACAUCGCCUUAAAAACGACCGUUUUAUUUUUCGCGCAUAUCUUCUAGCAUUGAUAUGUGCCGCAGCCUGAGUGAUUUUUUGCCGAAGCUCGUCCAAUGUCGUAAUCGGUUUUGCGUAGAUCCUGUCUUUGAGACAACCCCAAUAAAAGAAAUCCAGGGGGUUUAGGUCGGGUGAUCGGGGUGGCCAUAGGAUAGGACCAAGUCGCCCGAUCCAACGCCCCGGAUACUCGUGGUCUAGGUAUUGUCUCACAGGACGAGCGUAGUGAGCUGGGCAACCAUCAUUUUGAUACCACAUAUUUUGAAGGUCGCUUAGGGGGACGUCUUCUAGUAAUUCUUGCAAAUCAUUUUGUAAAAAGUUCAAAUAACUGUCCCCAUCUAAGUUUCCUUGUAAUUCAAAAGGCCCAAUCACUUUUCCAUUUAAAAUGCCCGUCCAUAAGUUGACCUUAAAUUGAUAUUGGGAUUUGUCUUCUCUCAUCAGGUGCGGAUUCUCAUUGCUCCAGCUGUGUAGGUUGUGAAGAUUUAAAUAGCCAUCUUUCUUGCAGGUUGUUUCAUCCGACCAUAGUACUUUAUCCAAGAACUGAGGAUCUUCCCGAUGCUUUUGAAGCAUCACUCGGCAAAAUGCGAUCCGCAGUGGAUAGUCCCGUGAUAGUAACGUUUGUACACGUCUGUAAUGAUAUGGGUGUAGCCGAUGACGUUUUAGUAUUCGAUGUGCUGAACUUUUUGGGAUUCCCGUAGCUGCUUCUAUGGCACGCACUGAGGUAGUUGAAUCAAUGUUUAUUUCAUUGAGAACUUCUUCAUCGCAUUCCGAUCUAGGUCUUCCAGCGUUUCUUCUAGCUGACGGCAAACGACCCUCCGAAAACGCUUGAUGCACAUUCAUAAAUACCCGAUAAUCUGGAUAUCUUUGAGCGUUUGGGUACCUUUCUCGAUACAAUCUGCUAGCAGCGUUAGCAUUGCACCGACAUUCUCCAUAAAUGAGAUGCAUGUUAGCGUAUUCCAUCGGCGUGUAUGGUUGCGGCAUGAUAACGCUAAACAGUCCAAAAUACACCAAAAGUCCAAUUCACAAAACACAGGCACAGUCCAAAAUAAUGCCAGGUCAGUUCAGUUUGCAGAUCACUUAAGUCCAGUCCAAAAUGCAAAGCCAAAAGUCGUUAGUACGAGAGCCACGUCAAUUGAAUACGGAAAGUUGCGCAGUAAACAAAGGAGCAGAGCGUACUGACUUGCUGGGAACAGGAUUUUCUUUACCUGCAUCAUUGUCAUUCAACAAAGAACAUCUGUCUAUCCCUCUCUAACGUAUACUUAUCGCUAUCUUUCUCUCUCUCUCUCUCUCUUAUUUUUAAAUGUUAUCGUUCGUUCCAUUAAAAUUCUAGGAAAUUGCAACGUAUGACUCACAUCAUUUUGUGCAUAAAGUAAAAGUGAUUUCUAGGAGCAAAAACAUUUUAGAAAUUUAGUUCUUGUUUACAAAUGGUACGCAUAUUUUUUUUUUGCGACUAGUUAUCCUAGGGUAUUAUACUAUUUUAAAAUCUUGAUUAGUUGCGUCAACUUUGAAAAUAACUUGCCAUAGCGGUGUUCAUACUUUUUUUUGCAAGACCAUGAGUCAAAGUAGACUGAAAGUAAAAAUCUUUAAAAAUUUGAGGGAAAAAAAAUAUUUUGAUAUUUUUUUGUGUAAAAACUGCGGGCAUUGUGGUGUUUUUAAGAGUUGUGGUGAAUAGUAGUACUACUUAGGUUCCGAUACAAAAAAAAUCUUAAGCAUAUUUAAGAAAUUGUAGCUGCGGUAGUUCAAAAUAUCAUACAAGGUGUAAAUUUUCAAAGAAUUUUAAAAUUUAUUUUGUAACUAAAAAAAAAAUUUAGGUAUAUUUUUUUUAUUAUUUUUCCUUAAGUGCUCAUGAGCAGGUCAAUCUUUUGGCGCCCGCUUAUCGUUGAAUUUUGGGACACGUUGUAUAGAAACUAGCAGAAAGCUUAGCUAGUAAUUCUUUUGUAAUGAUUAGGUAGAUUUAAGAUAAAUAAAAUAAUUGUACUAGCCAUAUUUUUACAGAAUUGGAGUAAUUCCUUCAAUUAAAUUAUGAUCUCUUAAGAUAUUUCUAAGCCGCUUGAAGAUUUAGUCUAGAGUAUAUAAAUAAAUACGUAUCAAUUAUUAUAAUAUUUAAGAUAAGAAGUACAUGUUUGACUAAUUAGAUAUGAUUUAUUUUAUUUAUGCGAGUAGAUUUUGUAUUGUAAGUUUUAAAGGUAUUGUUUAGAUAUUUUAUUGUAAAAUGUUGUUCUUAUUAGGUAGGUAUGUACCAUUCGUUAAAAAUGUGUUUGCAUGGACUUUAAUUUAAUAGGUAGAAAAUAAGUGCUUUUGAGCUUAGUAUUUUCAGGAGUCGCAUACUUGUAAGAAAUGUUGGUCGUUAGUUAGUCGUUAUCAACCCAUAUUCGGCUCACUGCUGAGCUCUAGUCUCCUCUCAGAAUAAAAAGGGUUAGGUCAAUAGUUCACCACGCUGGCCCAAUGUGGAUUAGCAGACUUCACACACACAAAGAAUUAAGAAAAUUCUCUGAUAAACCGAAAACAUAAUUGAAAAGUUGGAGGUGCAUGCCCCGGGCCGGAUUCGAACCCACACCCUCCGGAAUCAGAGGUAGAGGUCCAACUUUUCAGUUGUGUGCAUUUUAAGAAAUUAAAUAUCACGUGUCUCUAACGGUGAAGGAAAACAUCGUGAGGAAACCUGCAUACCAGAGAAUUUUCUUAAUUCUCUGUGUAUGUGAAGUCUGCCAAUCCGCUUUGGGCCAGCGUGGUAGACUAUUGGCGUAACCCCUCUCAUUCUGAGAGGAGACUCGAGCUCAGCAGUGAGCCGAAUAUGGGUUGAUAAUGAUGAUGAAUAAUCGAUAUAUGAAACGGAUAAAAUUCUGUAACUGCUGAAAAAAAUUGUCCAUAAAAGCGUCUUGUUACCUAGACUAUAAGAUAUUAUUUAUUACUCAUACACACUCACGAAUCUAAAUUCUAAAUAACAUAUUCCUAUAGUAAUAUUUUUGAUAGAUAUCCAAUAAUACAUAGAUAUAUCGACGCACGUGUUUGUUUGUUUGAAGCUAGUAUGAAGAUAUAGAUAUAAAUUGACUAAGGAUUAGUGUUAGCUGUAAGAUUAGAUCGUUUGGCAAGACGUAUGUUCUGUUUGGAGUAAUAACGGACUAAAAGCUUUGGCAAUAAAUAAGACAAGUUAAGAUUGUCUGGCAUUUCUACGAUCAUGGAUGGAACAUAAAAUUACACCAACAUAAUAUUGUUCGAAUGGUUAGGGAGAUGAUAUCAAUACAAAUAUUUAUACCCAAGUAAAUUGAACUGUCUGUCUGUGAUUUCAAAAUAUUUGUGUUUUCUUCAGGGCUUAUGACCACCUACCUAGUUCUUUACACAAUACUAAAACAUACAUAAAACUUUUUUUUUAAUUUUGUCUGUAUGUCUGUUUUUCAUGCAGAGAAUUUUCUUAAUUCCCUGCAUGUGUGAAGUCAGCCAAUCCGCAUUGGGCCAGCGUGGUGGACUAUUUUCCUAACACCUCUCAUUCUGUGAGGAGACUCGAGCUCAGCAGUGAGCCGAAUGUGGGUUGAUAAUGAUGAUGAUGAUGUCUCUUUGUCCGGGCUAAUCUUUGGAAGGUAGGAAUUAGAAUUAUAUAGAAUCUGCGUAGUUCAGCAAAAACAAAAAAAUAAAGGUACCUAAUAAAAAAAAAUACAUACAGCCGAACAUAGAACCUCAUCCUUUUUAGAAGUCUGUUAAUUACCUAAUGGCGCUAAAAUUCAGUAGUCUAUAGUACAUGCGCUGGCCAUUAGAAUUUGAAUUGGAAGCUUGGAUGCCAAAGCUUACCAGCGAAUAAAUAGUGAAAUCUCUCCAAAAACUUUCCAUCCAAAGCUCUUUCUAAAAUAAAAUUGAAGUACCCACAAAAUUCGUGUAGUUCUACUAAUUUGUUUCCAUUACCAUGUUGUUUUUAUAGCUGUAUAUACUUUAUACUCGUAGUACCUUUUAAACAGUAAAUAAUAUAGUCCGAAAUUA